AUGGCAAGUGGUUAUGAAAUAAAUACAGAUGCUUUUGAAACGUAUGGUAUUCAAACAGCUGAACUGUUUGUUGAACUCUACCCCUGGUACUACAUGCCUACAUCUGUACAUACAAUUUUGCUUCAUGGAGCUGAUGUUAUCCGGCAUGCAAUUUUACCAAUUGGUCAAUUGUCUGAAGAAUCUCAAGAAAGCCAAAACAAACAUUACAAAAACUACAGGGAACAUCACACCAGAAAAAUAUCCAGAGUGAAAAUUAAUGAAGAUCUCAUUAACAUGUUGCUAGUUUCAUCCGACCCAUUAAUAUCGUCCAUGCGAAAUAUUCAACCGAAAAAAUUGCAGACAUUUUCAGACGAUGCAAAACUUUUCAUAAUAAUGCCUGAAGACUAA